GAUGGCACUAAAAGUGGAGAGUCAAGAACUAAAUGAAAUGGAAGAGAAAGAUCAGUAUGGGGAACAUCAUGAUUUCAUAACUGGAGAAAAAUUGAGCACUGGAGCAAAGCCAUAUAAAUGUAAUCAGUGUGGAAAGAGUUUCACUCAAAAAGGAAACCUUAACAAGCACAUAAGAAUUCACUCUGGAGAGAAGCCUUUCACCUGCCCUCAGUGUGGAAAGAGUUUCACUGAUAAAGGAAUCCUUAAAAUACACAUGAGAAUUCACACUGGAGAGAAGCCUUUUACCUGCCAACAGUGUGGAAAGAGUUUCACUCAAGAAGUAGUCCUUAACAGGCAUGUUCGAAUUCACACUGGAGAGAAGCCUUUUACUUGUAAAUUGUGUGGAAAGAGCUUCACUGAAAAAGGACACCUUAAAGUCCACAUAAGAGUUCACACUGGAGAGAAACCUUUCACCUGCCAACAGUGUGGAAAGAGUUUUAUCAAAAAAGCAAACCUUGAGGAUCACAUGAGGAGAAUGCACAAUGGAGAGACACCUUUAACCUGCAAAUUGUGUGCAAAGAGUUUCAUUCAAAAAGGACAUCUCACAGGCCACAUGAGAAUUCACUCGGAAGAGAGGACUUUCACCUGCCAACAGUGUGGAAAGAGUUUCUCUCAAAAAGGAAGACUUGAGAAUCACAUGAGAAUUCACACUGGAGAGAAGGCCUUCACCUGCCAACAGUGUGGAAAGAGUUUCAUUCAAAAAGGACAUCUUAAAGGUCACAUGAGAAUUCACACUGGAGAGAAGCCUUUUACCUGCACAUUGUGUGGAAAGAGCCACACUGAUAAAGGAAACCUUAAAAAACACAUGAGAAUUCACACUGGAGAGAAGGGAUUCAUGUGCCAGCAGUGUGGAAAGAGUUUUGCUCAAAGAGGAAACCUUAAGAGGCACAUGUCAAUUCACAAUGGAGAGAAGCUUACACCUACCUAAAGUGUGGAAAGAGUUUCAGAAAUAAACCUUGGAAAUCUCAUGAAUAUAUCAAUUCACAUGUGAUCAGUGUGAAAAGUGUUUCAAACAUAAAGGAAUCCUUAAUUGCCACUUGAGAAUUCACUCAAGAAGUGUGGGAAAAGUUUCAGUCAAAACAGACACUUAAAAGUCCCCAUGAGUUGUCACACUGGCGAGAAGCCCUUGUAAUUUAUUUAGCCUUAUUACACAGCUCUUUGGAAUACUUGAUUCUGAUUGGUCAAUCUCGCCAUCCAGCGGUGACACUCCAGACCUAGAACCCAGCGUACGCAAGCCGGCUGCAUCAUCCGAUGCCGAGGGAGUUCAUGAGGACUAUUUGAUUUUGGAGAAGAGGAUCCCCUACCUUCCUUUAACCCUCUGGGGACCAAAAACGUGUCCCCACGUUUUGAUCGUUUUUUUUUUUUGUUUUU